GGCGAAGGGUGCAGCUCAAUAAACUGUUUUAUUGGUACAUUCUUGGCCAUCAAGGUGCUCAAAAGAGCGGUUCGAACAGGCCUGGUUUGUGGAGGUGCACAACGCCAGCUUCCAACCUGUAAUAAGUUGGGGCAAUGCAAGAUCUGCAUGCAUAGGUCCUUUGGUUGAGCACUUGCAGCCAAUGACUAAUUUUCAUCGACAUCUAUUGUUGCAAGAUUAGUUCGAACGGACAGAAGCCCGACCAUCUGAGCACAAAGACAUGAAUUUUACAUUUUUAGUAUGGUUGCUGGCGUUCUUCAUACAAUUGGCGUUGUUGGGAAUGUCCAUGUAUGGGCUUAUCAUCCUUUCAGACCUGGAAAACGACUUCAUCAAUCCUCACGACUCCUCUGCCAGCCUCAACACCUGGGUGAUGCCGGAAUAUAUAGCCCAGGGAGUGCUCACAGCAAUCCUGCUUCUCACUGGGAAGUGGGUGUCGGGGCUGGUCAUGCUGUGCCUCUUGGCAUGGAAUGUGCGCACCUACCUGCGCAAUGAGCACAAGGUGGACGUGACCGAGGUGUUCAGGCAGAUACCGCGGGAGAAGAACAUCCGCAUCAUCAAGCUCAUCUUCUACCUUGUGGGCUUUGUGUACUUCAUCUACAGAGUUGUGCACACGGCUGUAACUUCCUUUUUGACGCCCGAGUCUCGGGAGGCUGCUCAUAAGUUGUUUCAGGAUGCUGCUGCCACCAUGUGAUUGCUCUGGAUGGCCCAGGGAUCAUUGCAGGUUGAUCAUUACCCUGGUGGAGUACUUUGACCAUGCGUACCCACCAAUCCAAAAGCCAUGGGAACACGAAGCGUGAUGGUCAAUGUUUGUGACAGCACAGAGUCACGUGUGCACACGCCUGGCGAUUGUACAUUAGAAGGACCAUUGCAGCGGUAGAUGAUGAAGGAACCUAAUACAAGUUGGGGUACCCCAGUACAUGUUUUAUGUACCCCAAAUGUUGGGCCCCACCCGCGCAUCACUGGAAACAAGAGGGUUGGGGUCAAGUUGAUGUAUCUUCAACAUGUCAACAAGACACGUGGCUGGACUAACGAAAGAUUGAUUGAGGAGGAUCCAAUUGCCGGAUCUGUAAGAAGGCAGCUUCAGAAAUGCUGAAGAUUAGCUGCUUGCAUUGUAAGGAAAUAUGCAUUGCGUUUUGC